UCAUCAAACAAAGGUUCGAACCUCAAGUAUACGACAACUUUGUUGUUCGAGGUAACACGGCAGUACUUCAGUGUCAGUUGCCAAGUUUCGUGCGCGAGUACGUUACUGUCGAUUCGUGGAUAAGAGAUGACAAACAAGUUCUGAAAAGGAAUGACAUGAGGGGUAGUUCAUACACUGUUCUUAAUUCCGGAGAGCUCUUGAUUCAUGGAGUUUUAGAAAAAGAUUCCCUUCGGACAUUUCUCUGCCAGACGCGGCACAAACUAACAGGCGAGAUGGUUAUGAGCGUCAGUGCCGGAAAAAUUGUCGUCACAGCUUAUCUCACCCGAUCAACAGUAACAUCAGAUCAGUUCUUUGAUAUCAGAGCAAGCCGACGAAAUUCAUCGUGGCAAGCAGAAUCAAUUGAAGAAGAGAAGGAACGAGACUCUCAAGAGAAGAAAAGGGAAGAGGCAGGAGAAGGUGAGGAUAGCGUAUCAUUUGAGGAAUUAAGAAACAUUCUUUUAAAAAUUCCUGGAUAUUCAGAAUUUAGUGCUGAGGAUACAGCAGAAUGGAUGGUGUGUGAAUCCUCAGAUUCUGAUUUCAAAUUCUAA